AUGCAGACCAUCAGAGACCUGAAGCCUGGUUUCAGCCUGCCCCCGGCGUCCUCCAUGGCUGGGGGGGGUCCGGAGCCCUUCCAGCAGGGGAGCCUGAAGAUGGUGCUGGAGGACCCCCACCUCUGGAAGUCCUUCCACGAGAUCGGCACGGAGAUGAUCAUCACCAAGCCUGGACGGCGUAUGUUCCCGCACUGCAAGGUGAGCCUGAGUGGGAUGCUGCCGUACGCCAAAUACAUCCUGCUGGUGGACAUGGUACCAGAGGACGGCUUCAGAUACAAGUGGAAUAAGGAUAAGUGGGAGGUGGCUGGUAAGGCUGAGCCCCAGCCCCCGUGUCGUACCUACCUGCAUCCCGACUCCCCGGCCCCUGGCAGCCACUGGAUGAAGCAGCCCAUCUCCUUCCUCAAACUCAAACUCACCAACAACACCCUCGACCAGCAUGGACAUAUCAUUCUGCACUCCAUGCACCGCUACCAUCCGCGCUUCCACAUCGUGCAGGCUGACGACCUCUACAGCGUCCGCUGGAGCGUCUUCCAGACAUUCACCUUCCCACAGACCUCCUUUACCGCCGUCACCGCUUACCAGAACACCAAGAUUACCAAACUGAAAAUUGACCACAACCCUUUCGCCAAGGGCUUUAGGGACGAAGGCACAAAUACGAAACGACGAGCCAAUAGGAGCCAAGCUGACCCAGAGAGAUUGGCCAAAAAGACGAACACCAUGAAGUCUGAACCUUCCAGUCCAACAGAUUUCCAGGGGUCGCCGUACGAGGGCUAUGAUGGCGAGCCUGCCAGGAGGAAGGAGCUGGAGGUGGGGCUGGGGGUGAAGGAGGAGCGCUACUCCCCGUGGUCCGCAGCCGACCGGGACAGCGGAUCCAGCCUGCGCAACAGCGAGUCGCCACUGGGGCCCGAGGGACGAGACAUGUACAACGCAGAACAGCUGGUACCCGGACAGGCUUCCUAUCAGCCAUACAGGUUCCAUGAGUAUGGCAAGUCCCCGUCCCCGUCCAACUCCAGCAUCGCGAGCGGCGGUGGCGGCGGUGGAAGCUCGGGCCGUCCCAGCUUCGAGAUGUCGCGUCUCUCCGACGUCGCCACGGUCCCCGAAAACGACAUCACCGCCGUGGUCAUCGGCUCGCCCAGCGCACACGGUCCCAACGCCACGACAACACCGCCCUCCUCCACCUCCACCUCCUCUACCUCCGCUGGCCCAGCCUCCGCCCUGGCACACACCCACAAACACAUCACCGCAGCUGGGCUGGAGAUGGCCCACGUGCCCCCAGGCCACUCUGCUUCUGGCCACCAGGACUACACGGGGGUGCUGAACAUGGCCAUGGCCCACCAGGCGGGGAAGACAGCGGGGGCGCUGGGCCAGUGGGGUAGCGUAGGGCCAGCAGCAGCAGCAGGGGGGCUGGGGCAGUAUCACCCCUCCACGGCCCCCCCACCCCCGCCACCACCACCACCACACCACCUGUCCGCAGACUACAGCACGCAGGCCGCAGCCGCCGCUGCAGCAGUGCAUCAUGGGUACCCACACGGCAACAUGGCCGACUGGAGCCAGUACCCGCUCUUCUCCUACUCAUGCUGGUGA